GACACCCCGUUUUCCGAACUUCACCGCCUUCCACCCCGACGCAGGUCCAGCUCAGUCACGCCCCGGUGCAGGCCAGACUCUCCCCUACAGAAGCAUGCACGCCCUGCGGACGCCCGGUUCCCUGGCCCUGCUGGGCCUGGCGCUGGCCCUCUGCGGCCUCGCCGUCGCCUCCGAGCCCACGCCGCGCUACCGGAGGCUCCUCCUGAAGGCUCGGGCUGCUGCCGCGGCAACACAGGACCAGAGAGAGCAGAUGAUGGAAGCUCUCAUGUCUCAGGUCGUUCAAAGACGAGGUUUGGCCCAGAACAGCAAAGCAUCUACAGCACAGCGAUCUGGGACUCCUGAGGGCCAGGUUCCUAUGGCGAACAGCGGUGCUGUCCAGGUGAGCAAGACACCUGCAGCCGAAAGAGGCGUGGCCAAGGACAGCAAGGUGUCUGCUGGGAACAGGAGCGUCACCAAGGUGAUCCAGGUGCCUACUGGCGACAGGAGCAUCACCAAGGUGAUCCAGGUGCCUGCUGGGAACACAAGUAUCUCCAAGGUGAUCCAGGAGGGCAAGGCUUCCAUGGGGAGCAUGGGCGUGGUCCAGGAGAGUAAGAUAGCCCCAUCCAAUGGGGGUGUGGUACAGGAGAGUAAGAUAGCCUCAUCCAAUGGGGGUGUGGCACAGGAGAGUAAGAUAGCCCCAUCCAAUGGGGGUGUGGCACAGGAGAGUAAGAUAGCCUCAUCCAAUGGGGGUGUGGCACAGGAGAGUGAGAUAGCCUCAUCCAAUGGGGGUGUGGUACAGGAGAGUGUGAUGGUGGUGCCUGAAGUGGGUGUGACCGUUAUCCCAACGAUUGAUGUGCCGAGUGUGGGUGCGGCCCAGGAAGGUGAGGCGUCUGCUGUGGGCGUGGCCCCGGAGAACGGGGUGCCUGGAGUGGGCGUGGUCUUCCUUUCGGAGAUCGUGGUGUCCGGAGUGGGCGUGGUCUCAGAAGGCGGGGUCCCGGCCGUGGAGCCAGAGAUCGAGGUGUCUAGAGUGGGCGUGGUCGAGGAAGACGAGGCUCCGGGAGUGGGUGUGGCCCCAGAGGUGGAGGUGUAUGUGGUGGGCGUGGGCGUGCCUACUGGGGAGAGGGGUGAGGACGCUGAUGCUGAGCCGGACCACGCCCCAGACGGCACGAGCACCCUUCCUCCCCGCGAAAGAAAAGCAGGCUGCAAAAGCUUCUACUGGAAAAGCUUCACUUCCUGCUGAGAGUACAGUCCAGGCUCCACCCACUUUGCAAUUGCCAGGAUCCGCCCCCUCUCCCUACCCCUGCAGACCCUCAGCUCUGUAUCUGAGACAUGUGUCAAAUAAAAACAACAAAAACUCUC